AUGUCGUGGGACUUGCUUCAGAGAUUUAUCGAAUCCGACGUCUUCAAUUCGAAUCCCUUUCUACCAGUCUCAUACCUUUCGCGGUACGCUGACCAUGUGGGCAUCCACUAUGUUCUGUGCCAUAAACUGCGGCAAUUCCCUUACGAGGAUAUUGAGUUCUUCCUGCCGCAGCUAUGCCACCUUAUAAUCAGCGUCGACAAUGAGUCAAUGGCCCUGGAGGAGUUUCUGCUGGAUCUAUGCGAAGAGUCCGUGACUGCUGCUCUGUUGCACAUUGUCUUUGGUUUGGCAGAUAGAGCACGGCAUCCAAAGAUCAAGGAGAAUGUCUUGCCAGUGACUGUCUUGUCUAGCUUCGUUCUCGCCAGUGUUGCGAUGCCCAUGAUUCCGAAGUGGGCGGGACCACUCGCCGUUGCGCAGGCUCGGAAGCCUCAACCUGUUGCCGAGCUUAUUCCCGAGAUCGACGAGCCUAUCAAAACUCCAACGAGAGCACAAACUGUAACGGGAGCGACUUCAAAAUCCAGACGGGCCAAAGACGUUAAAAACCCAAUUGCGUCUUUGCCGGGUGCUAAUGGCCUCAAGGACGGCCGCCCCUCUCCCAGGAGCGUGCCUCAUCUGCCCACAACAACCCCAUCACAGAAAACCAGAAUCGUUUCCGAAUCCAAACGACCUUCGGCGUUGGAGUUGGGUUCUGUGGAAGCUCGACUCAGCUCUGCUUCGUUGCCCCUACCUUCGCCACAAACGACGAGCCGUCCUUCGACUCCCGUGUCGGCUGGAUUAGCACUUCGAUCAAACGAAAGUGGUAACCAUCGGCGACACUCGCACAACACCAAGGCUGUCACUGAUCCUGCCGAUCUGUCCCAAACUCAUAAGACGAAACUUUUGCGGCAGCAUUACUUCCGCUCCCAGACUCAGUUUCUGACUGCCCUCGAGGGCAUAUCUAACCGCUUGGUAAUAGUUCCGAAACAAGCGAGGAUGAGCGCCUUGCGUGCUGAGUUGGCGCUCAUUGCGCGGGACUUGCCUGCCGAAGUCGACGUUCCUGUAAUCUGCCCUCCAACCUUGGUCAAUGGAUCGCCUGGAAAGAGUCGCCAUCACAGAAUAGUGCGACUUAAUCCCGCGGAGGCAACCGUUUUGAACAGUGCUGAGAAAGUGCCAUAUCUAAUGAUGGUAGAAGUUCUCAGAGAAGACUUCAGCUUUGACCCCGACAACCCCGACAACAAUCGACUUCUCACCAAACUAUUGGAUUCUAAUGGCAAGGCGCGCCGGCUUUUUGACUUAUCAUCCGAGACCCCAAAAAUCACGCCAGUUGCACGAACGCCUGAACCCGUUGCCGACAGCGUUUUUGAACCCACUUCUGGGGAUUUGGGAAGCUCGCCUUUGCUAAUGCCAGAAGAUGACACGCUCUCCAGACCAAUGACGAAGCACCAUCAAGUCCAUACCUCGCAGCGAUUGUCAAGUGGAGCUACGACCUCUUCUACAACGCUGGAUGCUGCCACUCCUCGUACGUCGGGGCAAUCGACAUCAAGAUCCAGCAGUCCAGGGUCCAGGCGCAAGAUGACUCUCACUUUGCCACGGAACGCCUCUGCAGAUCAACCUGAUUUCUCGGCUCUUGCGACGCACAUGCGAACCGCAUCUCAGAUGCUUGCGCAACUUGAUGCAACAAGUGGAAAGCGGCCUCGGCAAGAAGUUGCUGCUAUUCGUGCCAAGAUAAUUGCUAGCAUGCAAAGCCUAGAAGAAAAGAGCUUCGACAUGGACGACCAAGGACCGACCUUUGACACCAUCAUUGCCAAGACAAAUGCAGGCGCACCUUCAACGGGUAAUCCGGAUCUGGAAGAGGACGCCUCCAUUGAUCCGGCGAUAAAUGCUAGUGCAGGCAGGGAGCGAAUGGAAAAUGACUUCAAGACUGGGGGUGUUCAACGUCGUGGUGACCGUGACGACCCAAGUGCAGCCGUCUUUGGUGAGGCAUGGGAAGCCAAAAAGGAACGCAUUCGGAAGUCCUCCCCCUAUGGCUGGAUGAAGAAUUGGGAUCUCGUGAGCGUCAUUGUCAAGACUGGUGCCGAUUUAAGACAGGAAGCCUUCGCUUGCCAGCUGAUCGACGUUUGCCACAAAAUCUGGUUGGAUGCCGGAGUCAACGUUUGGGUCAAGUUGAUGCGCAUCUUGGUUACGGGCGAGUCAUCGGGUCUGAUUGAGACCAUUACCAACGGCGUGUCGCUCCACUCGCUGAAGCGAAGCCUGACUCUUGCCUCAAUAGAAUCCGGACAGAACCCUCGGCAUCGAAUUGCCACCUUGAAGGACCACUUCGUAAAGGCUUUUGGCCAGCCAGAUAGCGAGCCGUACAAAGCAGGCGUGGAUGCCUUUAAGCGAUCCCUCGCGGCUUACAGCGUCAUCUCAUAUGUCUUGCAGCUAAAGGAUCGGCACAAUGGAAAUGUUUUGAUCGAUAGUGAGGGACAUAUUAUUCACAUUGAUUUUGGCUUCAUGCUGUCGAAUUCUCCUGGAUCGGUUGGUUUUGAGGCAGCGCCAUUCAAGCUUACACACGAGUAUGUGAAUGUCCUAGGAGGCUUGAACUCGCCAGACUAUGAUGACUACAAAAGGUUGUGCAAGCAGGCAUUUCAAGCUCUCCGUCGCUCAGCCGACAAUAUCAUCGACCUGGUGGCUAUGAUGGGUCGAGAUUCAAAGAUGCCCUGCUUUUCUGUGGGCGUGGCUCAAGUGACAAAUACCCUGAGGCAGCGUUUCCAGCUGCACUUGAGUGCCGAUGAGGCAGAGCAGUUUGUUGAGACGGACUUGAUUGCCAAGUCGUUCGGAAGCUAUUAUACUCGUCUGUAA